UAUUACAGCUGAGCCAGCUGCUUGCGAAUACGGCUGCACGUACAUAUGUAUUUUUCAAAAUCAAAUAUACUGCUACGCACAUAAUUAGUAUUAAAAAUAAACAUUGAUUAUUUCCACAAAUAUAAUCUGGUCUGCAAAAAGCGAAUUUAAUUAAAGAAAUCUCCCUCCUGGUUGUGACACAAAUAGUGGCUUCAAAAUGGGAUCCGAUGACCUCAGCGCAGGCGACAAAAUCCAAAAGGGAUUUCAGAUUAACUACAUGAUACUGCGAGAUGCGGACACCGGCAAAGUCAUCUGGCAGGAGAAUAAAGACUUUUCCGCACCAGACGUGGAACACGAAGCGCGAGUGCCAGUUAAAAUUCUGGACAUGCGCGCCGUAUCACGAGAGAUCAAUUUCAGCACGAUUGAGUCAAUGGAAAACUUUCGGCUCGACCAGAAGGUCCUCUUCAAGGGUCGCAUCAUGGAAGAGUGGUUCUUCGAGAUGGGCUUCGUGGGCGCCAACACCACCAACACAUGGCAGAGCACCAUUGAAGCAGCGCCCGAAUCCCAAAUGAUGCCCGCUAAAGUCUUAAAUGGCAAUGUGACAAUUCAAACCAGUUUCUAUGACAACGAAACACUCAUCACAAAAUCGGUUGUGCGCUUAUAUUACAUAUAAAUAUAUAUUGUGUGUGCGAUACACCAACGCUCACACACAGACACACGCCUAUACACUCACAAAAUCCCCCACUGUCAGGUGUUCCUCAAACAUACAUAUAUUGAUCUGCUGCUGUUUCUGCCGUUUGCCGGUUUGUUCAUUCUUCUGCAUUGGCACAACAACAAAAAAUAUAUAAAAUAUUUUUAAAUUGUUACCCAAAUACAUUUUUACAGCUUGCCCAAUAUUUCGUUCUCUCUGUGGACAAGAAGCAGACACAAUUCUUACGCAUUUCAAUGCAAUUGUUUUUGUGCGUUUUUUAAGCUAGUAUAUGCCAUCUUACAUA